AUGCCACGUAAGCUACGUAAGAAUAUACGUAAGAGGAAGAGAGCAUUGAAACAUCCAAUAGUAAAACUGACACCACAACAACAGUUGCAACAACAAAUAAUGAAUGACCCCACUAUGUUGCAACAAAUGUCAAGCAACCCUAUGCUUUUAAACCGAGUUAUUGGUGCACAGAGUGGAGGUUUAAGAGCGGCACUUUUAGCGAAAAUGGCAGGCUAUGGUGGAGCUGCAGACGGAACAGCUUAUAACCCUCAAAGUCAAAUGAAUUUGAGUUCACUCAAAAAUCAAAUAACAGAUGUCAAAAAGUCAAACAUAGACAUACAGAAACAAAUAAGUGAAAACGAAAAGAAACUAGAAUAUGACAGACACACAAAGAAACUCAAUGAGUUAAACGUAGAGAAAAAGAAGAAAGAAGAACAACUGAAAGAACUAAGUACAGAGGAAUAUGCGAAAAAAGUGUCAGAAAAAGCAGCAGAAGUAGCAAAAAUGGAACAAGAUGUUGUAAAUUUGAAAAACCAUACUACUCAAUAUAAAGUACUGAAAGAUGAAGAGAUAAAACAAAAAGCCCUGAAGACAUAUAUGGAUAG